AUGUGUCCAGGAAGUUACUAUGUGUACCAGCUGCCCUUAAUUUCAGGGUGCCAUUAUACAUACUGUGGUGUUCCAUAUUCCUGGAAUAGAAAUAUCCGGUUAGUGGGUGGUUCCACACCAUAUGAAGGUCGGGUUGAAGUGUUUUAUGAGAAUGAAUGGGGGACAAUUUGUAACAGAGGAAAUUGGAAUAACUUGCAUGCUGAGGCUGUCUGUGAGACACUUGGAUAUGAGUCUAAUGGCUCUAGAGUGGCAGGUGGAGGGUCAUUUGGGUCUCAUUCAGGUGUGAUAUGGCUGUCAGAUGUCGACUGUGAUGAGGGAGAGAUGUCCCUGUUCCGUUGUAGACACAGCGACUGGGGGGACACAACAGGCUGCACACAUUCACAAGAUGCAGGAGUCAUUUGUAGAAAAAAGUCUUUGGAUAUAGGCACAAGAGUGCCAUAUUUUGAGAAAUGCCAUGAAAACACUUGCUACAUUGAGGAUCCUAGUUUUACAACGGUUCAGAGUGCAAGGCAGACAUGUCAAUCAAUUGGAGGUGAUGUUGUCUUAGUUGACACAACUGAAGAGAGCACCAUACUGACUGAAAUAUGUCUAAAUAGUUCCUUUACUCCACGGAUGCUACUGCUGGGAGGAACUUACAAUACAGAUCAAUGGGUGUGGUUUACUGGAGAACCAGUAAAUCCAUCAGUCAUGUCUUGGGCAGUUGGUCAGCCUGAAGAUCCAUCCACACAGCCAUAUCUGUGUAUUGAUACCUCUACUGGUCUUUGGCAUGAUUGUACAAGUGAUUUACAGGGAGUUUUGUGUGAGAUCAAAUACCCAAUAUCCUGUUCUGAACUGGGCUGCUGCUCUGGCAAAAACAGUUCCUGUAAAGUGGAAUUACGCAGCUGUUAUUGUGAUGAACAUUGCACUAAAGCAGGAGAUUGUUGUGAAGACUAUGUGGACACCUGUAGAGGUACAAAAAAUGUGUUCCUAAAACAAUUAUUAUGA